ACCGAGGCCGACCGACGACAACUUUGAAACCUCUGCAAAUGCGCAGCAUUUGUCCAUUCCAUUAACUGUUUAUUUUGUAGUUAUUCAAGGGGGUGAAAAGAUCAUUUUGGUUGUAUCUACAGCAAAACCUCAAAUCGAACUAAAAUUCAAUAUCUCAAACUGAGAUAGUUCUUCUUACCAGGCAGUUUUUGUGUAAGAGCAUGCCAGCCUUCCCAGUUAACAUGGAUAUUUGACUACUAAAGCCGUCAAUGGCAGUGAACGUGUUAACUUAGUUCAAACAUUUUUUUUCUUUAAAAAUCUUAAUAGGGUAUUAUUGAGAUUUUAUUACUGAGCAAAUUUAGUUGAAAAUGAUACUCUAAUUCCAUAGGUGUAGGUAGUGUAAAUACACUAGUUUUAAGACACUUUAGACAAUAUCAUCAUUACUGUAGACAAUACAGCUACUUCUUUCAUGAGUGGAUAAAAAUAAAAAAACAUCUUAUUCCAGAUACCGUAUUUCCCCCAAUAUUGGACAAAUCAGGAAGUAGUGGUAUAGUUAAGUAUUACAUUAACUAGUGAUCUGCUGAGCUGAGCCCAUUUGAUCCCUGUUGCUAACCAAAACAGCAGCACCUGCAUAAACAGAUACGUCCCGCAGAUGAAUUUAAGGGGAAACUUACUACAAAAAAUAAAAGUAAAUAAGAUCCCUGUGAGGUAUGAAUCAUUUUUAAUAAUUAAGAGCCACUAGUUGCAUGACACGGUAUCUGCCAAGCGUAGUAAAUAAUAUUCAGCAAAAGUAACAUUCAAAUAUACUUUUUGCACAGCAAAGCCCACCCAUAAACAACCAACUUGCGUAACAUCCGGUUGUAUAAUAAAACAGUACGAUGUUCUAUGGAUGUUCCUCAGAUGAGAUUUGAAAAAAAUAAAUACAAUAAACAAUGCCGUCAAACAUUGUGGUGGAUGAAAUGUUUCGGAUUAAGGGAACCCGUCUGCCUUGGUUUUGGAGGAGCAUCAGGAUAAAGAGAUUGCCCGGGCAAAAAUGGAGAAGCCGGCCAGUUGAUAAGAGUGAUUUUAUGUCCUCUAAAAGUCAUCUGUCGUGAUGCUUUCUCUUGUCGUAAUAGGCUUUUUGGAGGGUAUUAAGAUUUGUUUGCUCCUCUCAGAAAUGGGAAAGAAAGCCUUCACAGAAAUGUGGAGAACAAGAUUAAUGUAUUGAUUUUUUUUAAACGGUAAACCUGUGUUUCCCAACCUUUUUUGAGACAAGGCACAUAUUUUAGUCUCACGGCACAGCACCAGACAUAAAUGUCUCAAAAAAGUAAAAAAACAAUGAGCUGACUAAACAGUUUAAUAGGCGUAAAUGAAUCAGUGUGCGUAAUUUACUUUUGUGGCUGACCGUUCUUUCUCCACCGAAGCAUUACAAAUGUGAUUUACUCAAAUGUAUCUAACUAUAUUCCUUUAUUGUCUAAAAAAAAUAAAAAAAACAUCCAGACUUUCAAUCUUGAGGUGACAAAAUGCCACACGGCUCCGUAGAGUGGGGGAAGAGGUGGAGUUUUACAACACUUCUCAGACAGGUCAAAGCGUUCAAGACAGCGUUGGGAUUCUGACGCUAUUUUCAACACUUUCAAUUGGUUUGUAAUGCGUACAAAUAACAGACGACAUGAGGACAGAUUAAUAGUAUUGUGGAAAAAAAUGUGAAAUUGCCCAUAUUUGGACAUAGGAGGUUUCCGCCAGACGUCAACGAGAGUCUUGACAUUAAGAAUUGGGAUUUUUAACAUUGAGUGACUGAGACACAGAUCCAAGCGUCAUCAUCUGCGAUGGCGUGUCAAAAACCGAACGGGCAUGCAGGACCAGAUGGGCCCGGUGACCUCGCGGCACCGACGAAUCCAAACGAAGCAGUAAUCAAAUACUUUUGUUCAUGUACUUAAGUAGAUUUUUCACGUAUCUGUACUUGGAUUUGAGUAUCCGCUGUAUUUUUUCAGGUGACUUUUUACUUUUGCUCCCUACAUCCAUCCCAGAAUCUUUUCUGCAAGUUUCUGCACUUUUACUGAAGUACAAAGUAGUUUUGCCAUCUCGGCCUUUUACGUGACAAACAGCGCAUGACGUAACACCAGACCUUUUUCCCUGAUCCCUCCCUGAUCCGUCCGACAUCCAGCAUCGACCUUUAUCGCGCUAAUCCCCGAUAAUCUCUCAGAUUGGGCCUCAAUGCUAAUGCGGCCACUCGAAGCGGGACCUGCGGUUUAGCAUUGAACAUUGCCGACCUUCCGCUGUGUUUUUGUUUAUGUGCGCGGCUCGCAUGUGUUCAUUGCAGAGGACGUGAUAAUCCGGAUUUCUCAGAAGUAGUGCGUCGUUCGGCUGCUGGAACAGCUGCCACACACACACACACACACACACACAGAGUUGUCCUCUGAUCUUUUCCUGCUCAUUUGAAAAAAAAAAUAAUACUUUUUUUAAUGCUUUACUUACAAAAUGGUGUUACACAAUGCAGCAAAAUUCAGCUAUGUAAUAGCUGCUACUCAUCAUGGGUCUCUGACCAGGGAUGCUUCGGUCUCGAGAUGAAUGGAUUGAUGCAAGGUUAGAUGGAAUCAUCAUGGCUCGAUUGAUGAAAGAUGUUUGGAUGGAUAAAUGAUCAAAUAUCCCUGAGUCCAGACAAUAGACGGAUUGAUGGAUUCAUUUGGAUUUUUUUCACAAACGCACCUUUUUUAAAUGGUGAUGACCAACACAGACGUGUUUAUGGCUAUAUAUAUAUAUAUAGUAGACAGUACAGUAUUUCAAUCCAUAAUGUCGCUCAUUUCAACAAUCACGCGUCACAGCGCAAUAACGGACGGCCCAAUCGAAUUGCGAGCGUGCGGUGGCGUCACCGGAAACCGGAAGAGCGCUGCUCCCCACUUUUCAUGUCUCACUUGAUAUCGACUGGAUGUAAGAACCUUCCGAAGACAUUUCUAUCGCAAAUAUACAGACGUGUUUGGACCAGGUCCAUUCCUCAAACCGCAGCCCCUCGUUUCUGCUCCAUCCUCCCCCGCUGUGGUUCCGCUCUCCGCCCCGGCCCGAUGGAGCUCAAGGACGUCCUAAAUGUUUUGGAGGAUCUCGCUCCCCUCUCGCUGGCCGAGCCGUGGGACAACGUGGGCCUGCUGCUGGAACCCAGCGAGCCGCGGCCCGUCAAAACCGUCUUGCUGACCAACGACCUCACGCGGGCCGUCAUGGAGGAAGCGCGGGCCGAAGACUGCGAUCUCAUCAUCUCCUAUCAUCCUCCUCUCUUUCGACCGUUCAAACGUCUGGUCCAGAAGGACUGGAAGCAGCGAUUGGCUAUCCGAGCGUUGGAGGCCGGCAUCGCGGUCUUCUCGCCUCACACGUCCUGGGACAGCGUUCGUGGAGGAGUUAACGACUGGCUUGUCGGAGGACUUGGUGCCGGUCAGGUGUCUGUGUUGAAUCAGGCCUAUGUCCACUUCCCUUACAGUCACGUAGUGCAAUUCCAAUGCAAUGAUAACCUGUUAGACGUUCUCCUGGAGGAACUGAAGGCUUUGGAUGGAGUCAUAGUACAAGAUCCGCUCAGAUGUGAUGCCUCCGAGACUCAAGUCAGCCUGUACUGCAGUGAUGCAGCGCUGGCUCCUGUUGUGGAUAAAGUGACGCGAUACAUAAUUGGUGCCGACAGGUCCGUCCGCAUCCUUAAAGCAGAAAGGCCCCCUUGGCGGGGCCACGGUCAGGGGCGACUCAGUGUUUUGGACCAGCCGGUAUCCGUGGCGACAGCUGUGAAGAAAAUGAAGUCCCACUUGGGUUUGAGCUACCUCCGUUUGGCCCUCGGACAGGGACACACGCAAGAAUCCUUUGUGCACUCCGUGGCUGUAUGUGCGGGAUCAGGAGCCUCGGUGCUGAACGGCGUCCAAGCAGACCUUUACGUCACCGGUGAGAUGUCCCACCAUGAGGUGCUGGAUGCGGUUGCUAAGGGAACGAGCGUCAUCCUCAGUGAUCACAGCAACAGCGAGCGCGGCUAUCUGUCCGUGUUCCGGGAUAAACUAACUGAAAAGGUUCCCGCCGAUGUCGUCGUGAUGGUGUCCAAGGCUGACAGGGACCCCUUGGAGGUUGUCUGAAGAAUACGGUUACUGUGGACCCCCCGCAAUUUGUGGGGGAAAGAGACCCAAACCUCCCGUGAAUAGCGACAUUUCUACAAUAAUUUACACCCACCCUCAAAUGGCUUUGUAAUUGCCGAUGGAUCGUACAAGAUGGCACCAAAGUACUACUGAUGUCCAAAUGAAGCUCUUCAAUUCACUUCAACGUAGUUCCUUGGCACCAAGAUAGCACCAGAUUGUUGUUGUUAUUGCUUUGGCCUGAGCACAAAAAGAGGAAAUGGGUGACUUUUUCAGCAAAUAAAAAAAAGGAUGUUGAUUCAUCCCCCAAAAAUCUGUCAGUAGGUCAAUUCAAAAGUCCUGUGUAAUAGAAAAGUAGUGCUUUGGUGUCAAGGAACUAUGUUGAGGUGAGGGGAGGAGCUUCUUUUAAACAGGCAUAAGCCCAGUCCAAUAGAAAAGUAGCGCUUUGGUGCUAUCUUAAAGGCAAUUAUCAACCUUCUUGGGGGGGGGGGGGGGGGGGGUGCGUCAAAUACUCGCACAGGCCAAACCCUUGUCUAAUAAAAAAAGUUGUGGUUUGGCGCCAUCUAUAUUAGGGCUUUGGGUUAUAGGGAUCCAUGCAUAUUUGCAGGUGGAAUACUGGAAUUAAAUUUAUGGCACAAAACAAUAAUUUAUGCGUGUGUAAAUUUUAUCCUUCAAAUCAUGAAACCGCUUUCUUUAUCACUACAGAGCCGCCUGUUUUCCCCCCUUCCUCUGACCUUGUUUUAGUCAUUUGGGAUGACACGUGAAAAGUCACAGAUAGCGGUGGGAGCGUGCCGUCAAAAUGUGUUUCAUCGCUCUCCAGUGAGUGCAGGGGUUUUAUUUUUGGAACUUUUAAUCCUGAUAAUCACUCACAUCAUGUUCGCCUCUAUCCGUCAUGGAGGGAUGUCUUUUCCAACCGGAGUGAGAAUCAUGCAAAUGUUUCAUUAUUAUUAUUUUUUGAAAGCAAUCCUCAUCAGAUUGAACGAAAACCUUGCAGAACACUUUAAACAAAGAAAGUGGAUCAGACCAGCGCUAAAUACAGCGGUUCUGAAAUUUGAUACCUAACCUAAAAGAAAUAUUAGUUACAAAAUGCGUACAGUAAUUGAUAUGAAAAGGGAUAUGAUUAUACAGUAAUUAUUUCUAUAUCUACUCUGAAAACACACACAAGUAAGGCACUUUUAUUUUUUGUAGUUAUCAUUACUAAUUUAGAAUUUUGGCAGUUAACGAAGUGAUGACAACAGACAAGUGCUGCCACAAUACAGCGAGUAUUUGUUGAACCGCUGCCACCUGCUGUUGACAACAGAGCAGGACGCUCAAGGAACAUUUCGGUCCUGCAAGCGCUUAACUGGCAGAUGAAUCACGCAAGCAGGAGGCACUGCUGUAUAUGUUGUUUCCUCCGUUGCCACUGUUAUCCCGAGAGACAUGACAUAACAUGUGAGAAGUGAGGCCAAGGCCCAAAAUAACUGAUGGAAAAUUAUUAUACAAAAACAUGUACCCGAUGCGUUUCUGUAUGGCUGUAACUAUGCACCGGUGUCGUGUCUGGAGCUAAAUGAGUAAUCUGUGGUAAAAGUGGAUCCAAAACAGUUGUGGCAAGUCAUGAAGUACAAAUGCUUUGUCACUGUCAUCAUCGUUCUUUCUGUUUCAGUGUGAGGAUAAGAAAACAGACCAUGUUCGUCUCUCACGCUGAUAAUUGUAUUUUCACUGUUGUGAGACAACGCAAGUCCUAAUUGGUUGCAUAAUGCAGAUGAUAACAGCCUGUUCAUGUGUGCAUACUGACGUGACCUCACCUGGGGAGAAAGAAACUUCUUAGACCAGUUGAACAGUCUCCUUGCAUGCAAGAGUCUAUUCAACUGUACAGCAUCUGUCAUUAUUCUCACGUACAUGUCUGUCUGCACUUCUGCUUUUAGCAGUCUUUUACACAAGUAUCUGUACUUCUACUUAAGUAAAGUGUGAGCACUUUAUCACCA